AUGUCCGCAGAAGGUAUAUCUCAAAUAAUAACGUCUUUAGAUAUUAUUUACAAUCCAGCUUCGACGAAUGCUCAGAGACAAGAAGCACAGGGAUUUUUGGAGACGAUCAAGGCACUACCCGAUUGCCCCUAUUGGGGGUAUCAAUUAGCAUUGAUAGACAACGGUUAUAACAAUAUUGUGAGACAUUUCGCUCUUAAUCUUCUCUUGUCAUCCAUAACAUCUUACUACCAUGAUUGGGAUAGACCUAAAAAGCUUGCAGUACGUAGUUGGAUCGUAGAAUUAGCAACUAAAGUCUCACCUCAAGAUCCUCAUUACUUAAAAUCCAAGAUUGCAUUUUUGUGGGUGGAAAUCGCUAAAAGGUGUUGGGGUGAAUGUCUUCUAAAGCAGAAUCCAAGUUUGGCAGCUGGAUUAGGUAACAUAGAAAAUACCGACCCUUUAGCAGUUCCAGAAAAUAAAGAUGUUUAUCAAUUCACAGAAGAAGAAAAAAUUGACUCUUGGAUGUCUAUGGAUUCCAAUCUAUUAGAAUUAUGGAACCACAGUCAAAUCACAAGAGAGUUAUCUCUCAUAAUUAUGAAAACAUUAUUUGAAGAUAUUUAUUUGUUAGAUGAUCCAAUUGUUUCUAAGCGGAGAACUGUUUUGAUAUCCUUAUGUCCUGAAAUAGUUGUUGCUGAACGUAUCCUGUCUGCAAAGUAUGAGCAGAAUGAUACGGUAAGGUUAUUUGUAUCUCAAUCUGAAGGUUGGUUGUUACAAUGGUGUCAAGUUUUGGAUGAAUGCAUCCAGUUUUUGAUCUUCAACGAUUUAUCAAACAACAAUAGCAAUGUUUUCGUCAACAAUUCUGACAUUAAUACCACCAAAUCUUAUUACCUUGAUACUACAGUCAAAUUACUUGAGAUCCUUAAAAUAUCUCUUUUCUGGAUUAUACCGUUAGCUCUAAAAGAAGUUGACAUCAUUACGAAACUAUUCAAGUUGUUAACAAUUGAUGACAUGAGAAUCAAACUUUUGACAAUUGAGUGUUUUGAUUCUCUCUAUAAUAAACCUUAUUCAAAUCCGGAAGAUAAUGAAUGGUUGGUGAAUUCUGCGUUUAAUAAUACUGCCUAUGAGAUCUUUUUUGAAACUUAUAAAAGUGUUCAAAUCAAUUAUGAAGAUAUUGAUUAUGAUGAUUAUACUUUACAAAAGAAAAUUGUUGAGUUUCUCAUCAUACUUUCAGAUUAUAUAACUAGCAAGGAAUCAAUCAAAACCAGUGAUCGUGAUUUUACGAACUUUUAUAAACUUAUCCUUGAAACAACAAAAAAUGAAUCCCCAUCAGUCAGUGCUAUUUCUUUACAGUUUUGGUGUACCAUGUUAAGAGCAGAUGAAUUGAGUGACCAGCCCGACUUUGAAUCAGUUUUACCAGAAUUACUAGAAAAUUGUGCUAAUAGGUUGAUCAACUAUGUGGAUUCAGACCCUGAAUCGAUUCCUCUACAAUACUUAAAUUACGAUUUCGAUAAUCAAUCUGACCAGCAAUCCUUUGUUAGUGAUUUCAAGAAAAUGAAUGAUGAUAUUGUUAGAAUCAUUGUAUGUAAAAAACCAAAGGAUGCGCUGAUGUGGCUAGCUGAAAGGCUCAAUAACUUUUUCAGCAGUUUACUAGGCAUGGAGAGUUUAAACAACUUGAAUUUGACAUACAAGGGUAAGGGAUCUGAAGCUUAUAUAACUGCAUACUCACAGUUUUCAAUAAUUGAAACUUGUGUAAGAGGUAUUACAAGAUGGCAAAUCUGGUAUAAGGAAGAUGAUGCUCAAGAAAUCAAGGCCUAUUUGACAGAUCAAGUUGAUAACUUGUGUAAACUUUUGAUUAUGUUACAGAUCCAAAACCCAGUAUUAGUUAGAAAGCAGAUUCAGACUUUGGUUCAAUUUACACCUCUAUUAAAGGAUUUGAAUUCCACCAUGUUUAAAGUUUUGGAAAGAGUCAUUGAAACAUGUACUUUUCCGUAUCCGGAAAAUGCGUCUGAUGAAGAAUUGGAAAAUAUCAGAGACUUGAGAGCUUCAAGCGGUACGGAAUUGAAUAGGUUGGCUUAUUUGAUGCCUGAAUCAUUGAAGAACAUCUUCUCCGAGUUAGAAGCUGUGAUUGAUACAAUUUUAAGUCAAAAAGAGUUAAUUUCUCACGAGAUAGUAGCGUUUAAGUCUUUUUUGUUGGUUGUUUCUCAGAGAUCAUCUUUGGAAAACAAAGAAGAAACAUUCAAAAGGAUAGUCGACCCAGAGUUGAUGGCAUGGUCUGAUCCAAAUACAAUGAAAGGUUUGUCUGACCUACACUGGUUUAUGGAGAGAUUAGGUAUUGUAAAAAUAGCUGAAUAUUUCAGAUCAAGAGGUAUAACAGCAAGCACCAAUUUGCUUGAGGCACAGAUGGAUGAAACUGGAAGACAAUUAAAGAAACAGCUAAAAGACCAGUGGUCUUCUGUUUUCCCUAUCAGAGCAACUAGGAUAUUAAUUCAGUAUAGUAUUGAAAAGUUGGAUCAUGAAUCAGAGACUUACAAAAAUUUGCUUAAAUUAUGGCAGCCUAGGGUCGAACCAAUUCUUCCAUAUAUUUUUCAAUUAAUAUAUCAAAUUCAAGCAUAUCACAAUCCGGCAAAUUGGGUUGGAUUGCCUGAUGAGGUUCAAAGUUUUGUGAAAUACACAACCAUGGAACGAUUCUGGCAGCAGGGUAUCUCGAUUCAAUCAAGAGAAUCUUUUGUUGAUGAAAAUGUUAAGGCUAUGCAUACUCUUAGAGAUUUUGCAGACUCGGUUGGCCAUAUAAUCAGAUACACUAGAGAAUAUUCUUAUUUGAUGAUUGGCACUAUAACCGAGUUGGAAGAAACUUUGUAUGUUGAUCCUAAGAAUGCAAGCCUGUUAUGGAAGGCAUUAACAGAAGAAUCAGUAGGUAUUACUCUACACUCGUGGAGGCACAUGAUUAAUCUAGUUGUCAGAAAUGUGAUUAAAAAUUGUCCUAUGGACUAUUUUGACCUUUUCAUGUUGGGAUUCUUACCUCAGGUGUUUAUUAAAUUGGAUGAACUUCUACUUCAACGUUGGAAUCGUGUUUACGAAAAAGGUCUGAGAUUGGAAGGUAACGAAUCAGAUGAACAGUUGAGUGAGGAAAUGCUUGAAGAACAUAUGUUACGUCAACUAACACAGGUUAUUGAUAGAAUGUUGAUAGAUAUAGCGGGACAAAAGGUUAGAACCUCUUUGACUGAUAGACAGAAGGAAACUAGAGAGUUCCUCAUCUAUAACUUUGAAGUCUUGGCUCCAUUUUUGAAAUUACUUUGUGAUAUUAUCUCCUUUAGGGACACCAGAUGUUCAUUCAAUGCUAUUUUAAUUUUAAGACAUAUUUCGCAAGAAUUAGUUGGACUGAAUGAUGAAAGAGUUGAUAAGAUUAUCUUAGAAAAUAUUAUGCCCAUACUUAUCGAUCUAAUUUGUGACAAAUUUUACACUGAUGCACAUUCAGAAGCCGCUUAUACCUUAUCGAUCUUGUACAUUGGUGAGAGGUUCAAGAGUGAUUACCCGCUUCAGCUAUUGAAGAAUAAACUUGGAGUAAAUCAAGAAACCAUGGCGAACUUUGAAAAUGUAUUCAGUGCAUGCCAAAAAUCAAGAGAAAGAAAAAACUGUUUACUCACAUUAUUUAACAAUGCUAGAAAUGAUGGUAAUCCAGAUGCAUAUAUAGAGCAGCGUAAUAAAAUGAUACAAGGUGCUACUAGGGCGAAAAAGAAAAAUACAGUGGAUGGUCUAGAAGGUGGUCUUGGUGGUCUUUUCAAUACAGACGACUAG